UCAGAACAACAGAAUUAUUUAAUACUUCCCCUUUGAAAAACUAUUCUGCGAAACGAAGUGUAUCUUUGGGAUAAGGCUACCCAUGGCUGCGAUAUCUUUUCUCCUCAAAGUCACGCUACUAUGGAUCCUUUUUCAGGCUUGUCAGUCGGCCGAAUGGGAAGGCAUCCGCUACGAUCCGAAGCAUCCUGGUAAGUGCACCAUUCACCAGGGACUCGUCCUGAAUCCGGGUGUCAGCAUCAAGGAUCCCACGCACGAGUGCCGCCAAAUUGUGUGUGGACACAACGGACGGGUCGCUUUCCACAGCUGUGGAGUGACCGUCCUGGCGCCUUCUUGCCUCCACGAGCCCUCAUUUGCCCCUAGGCAGGCUGAUCUAUCUUUUUCAUUUGGUUAUCACAAUAUACAUGUGUAUAUCCCAAAACGGUGCACAAUGUCGUUCGCCCCAGAAACUUUAAUACUUUUUGGUCUUCUCUGUAUCUUGGUUGUUUUCCAAGCUUCUGCUGAUAUUUCCCUUAACAACUAUGGAGAUUCGGCUUAUCCCAAUCGCUGUGUUCUGGACAUUGGCUCUUCGGUGGUGCUGCUCAAAAUGGGUCAGGCAUUUCGUUUGGAGUCCCUGCCCUGCACCACUAUUUUCUGCACUGGAGAUGGCUAUGGAAUGCUCUUUACGUGUGAUAAGAAAGCACCACCGGAUGAUUGUCGCUAUACGGAGUAUCUAAACUGGGAUGAUGACUAUCCGAAUUGCUGCGAGCGUAAAGUUGAGUGCAAUUGAAAUUUCUAGUUAGAAAAUGUUUUUAGUUGCAAAUUAGGUCAAUGUCAUGAAGUGAAAUUCUAUCGAAAUUAGCCAUGCAGUUAAGUACGGGUUAAAUAAAUCGAUU